UAGAAAACUUCAAGAACUUCUGAACGUCUGGAAAUGUUUCAGUCUUGUCUGGAGCGAACGUUCUCAGACACUCAAAUAUCUUUCUAGGUUAUUUAAAUUCACUGGACACUGUUUACUCGUUUGGAAGAACUAUGGACAGCAUGGGGAUUUUGUCUCUUAUCUUCCUCGUCUUGUUGCAGAGUCCUGCCUCCUUCUCUCUGACAGUGAGCACCAGUAAGGCCAAAGUGGUGGUCCAUGAGAACACAGACGCUGUGCUGUCCUGUCAGUUCAAGACAGAGAAGGAGACUAACCCUCGUAUCGAGUGGAAGAAGAAAGGGAAGGACAUCACCUUUGUUUAUUUCGAUGGCAAAUUCAGCGGAUCCUUUGCAGGUCGGGCCAAGAUCGAGGGUGCGACGGUGACGCUGCACGCCGUUACCCAGAAGGACUCUGGGCUGUACCGCUGUGAGGUCAGUGCUCCAGCAGACCACACCAACCUGGGAGAGAUUAACGUCACCCUCAACGUACUGGUGCCACCCCACACCCCGUCCUGUGAGGUGCCCAGCUCAGUUUUGUCUGGGGCAGGGGUAGAGCUCCACUGUAAGGAUAAACUCAGUGUACCCCCUCCUACCUACAUCUGGUACAAAGACAACAAGGCGCUGAGCACCACACACACAACUGACACCUCCUUUAGCAUGGACACUGACAAGGGAACACUGAAGUUCAAGAGUGUGUCCAAGGCUGACUCAGGCCAGUAUCGUUGCGAGGCAUCCAACAGUGUGGGGGCGCCGAAGAGCUGUGUGGCCCAUCACAUGAAGGUCAUGGAAUAUCAGUUGAGUAUGACGACACUGAUAGCCGGAGCUGUAGGUCUCUUCCUGCUCAUUGUCAUGUGCUGCCUGGGUGUGUGCCUCUGUCAUCGACGGGGCUGCUGCAACAAGAAGGAGCAGAAAGGAAGAAGCACCAACUCCUACAAUCCACCUCCUCCUCCCACCAGAAACCCCAAGAACUACAAACACACCCAGUCCUUCAUGAUUUGAGGGUUUCCUUUGUGAAUCUCAAAUCAAAGCUUGAAGCAGUGAAAUCACACAAAGUCCCCCUCCAACACACACACACACAACACACACACACACACACACACACACACACACACACACACACACAACACACAC